AUACGCUAUGACGCAGUCGCAAGACCGUUGAGGACCAUCCGACCUCACGUCUGCACACGACUGUAUUGGUUUGGAUGUUUCGUAGGAUUUUGUCGUAUUAGAUUAUUAAAUUUUUACUUUUAAACUGAGAUAAUAUUCAUAUUACGGGGAAUAAAAAUAUUAUUGAAAAAUGGAGGGCGGACGCAGUCCUAUGGACAGAUUUGCCAAUGCGGUGUAUAAUCUUUUGGAUGGCCCUGUGACAUUCGUACAUGAUAAGAUCGUUAAGCCGAAUCAACAAUACUAUCCAUGGUAUCAUCAGAAAUUUCGACGUGUUCCUACCAUCGAUACCUGUUACACUGAUGAUCCAGUUUGCUUCUUCGAAGCAAAUAUACAAUUCCGGCGUGACAAGGCAGUCGAUUCUGAAAUUCUUAAUAUAAUGAGAAACCGAUACGAAGACUGUGUAGUUUAUCAUGGAAUAGAUAUAGAGAAAUGUAAACCUCUGCAUGAGUUGUAUGAAGAUGCAGCUGGAGCCUGGUUUGCAAAAUAUGGAGAUCUAGGUGCAAAAGGUAAUGUAAAGGUUGCUUUCAUGAAACAAAAACAUCGUAUGGUUUGGGAAAGAAGACAUGGACCAGUCGGUUCUGGUAUGAAAACAGAUGAUUAGCAUUGUCAUCCAUGUAGAGUUAUUGUUAUACCAAUGUUGUAUGUAACAUUGAAAAACCAAGCGAUAAUCUCGCUUUAGUAAAUUAAACGCAUUGUCAACUAAUUGUACAGAAACACUGAAAAAAUAGAGAUCAUACAUACAGCCAUA